GAACCAGGCAGCAAGCAGCUUCAGGAUAGGCCGCACAUCAGAAAGCUAUGGGCUGCAGGAAAAUAAAGCAGAGGAGAAAACCCCACGUCUUGAGUUUCUCUUUUCAAGAAACAGGGACUAAAAUCCUCGGAAAAGUCGAGGCGAAGUGGAACUGAUCCGGUGUGGGGUUUUUGAGAGUUCACCGCAGAAACGCAUGCAAGGGUUUGACGCGUGUUUUACUGGCUUUAUGCCGUUUUUAUGUGGAAAUCAAAAACUUGUCUGGCAACAGAGAGAACCAGUGAGAAAGACACAGCUUCUGUUCUGCAGGAUCUGAGACUCAAAAAGCAAGGAAGAAGGCAAGGCAUCGUGGAGCCAUCAGACUAGGAAUGGCAGGCGUGGCCCCGGCGUGUGUGAGGCGCGAGCACCGGGCCCCGAGGAGCGCGGCGCACAGCUGAAGACCGGGUGCUGGCCCGGGGCAGAAUGACGCAGCGGGAGCGGCCCUAGCGGACCACGCGACGCUGAAGAUGGGAGUCAAUGCCUCCAGCUACCCUCACUCGUGCUCCCCUCGCAUCGGGGGAAACUCGCAGGCGCAGCAGACCUUCAUCGGGACGUCCUCGUACUCCCAGCAGGGCUACGGCUGCGAGUCCAAGCUCUACAGCCUGGAGCACGGCCACGACAAGCCCCAGGACAAGAAGAAGAAGAGCUCGGGCCUGGCCACGCUCAAGAGGAAGUUCAUCAAGCGGCGCAAGUCCAGCCGCUCGGCCGACCACGCCAAGCAGAUGCGGGAGCUGCUGUCGGGCUGGGACGUGCGCGACGUCAACGCCCUGGUGGAGGAGUACGAGGGCACGGCCGCCCUCAAGGAGCUCAACUUCCAGGCCAGCCUGGCGCGGCCCGAGGCGCAGACGCUGCAGCGCGACCUGGCCGCGCUCUACGAGUACAAGUACUGCACGGACGUGGACCUGAUCUUCCAGGACACCUGCUUCCCCGUGCACCGCGCCAUCCUGGCGGCCCGCUGCCCCUUCUUCAAGACUCUGCUGUCGUCCUCGCCGGAGUACGGCGCCGAGAUCCUCAUGGACAUCAACACGGCCGGCAUCGACAUGCCCAUGUUCUCGGCGCUGCUGCACUACCUGUACACGGGCGAGUUCGGCGCCGAGGACUCGCGCUUCCAGAACGUGGACAUCCUGGUGCAGCUGAGCGAGGAGUUCGGCACGCCCAACUCGCUGGACGCGGACAUGCGCGGCCUCUUCGACUACAUGUGCUACUACGACUCGCUGCUCAGCUUCUCGUCCGACGCCGAGCUGGUGGAGGCCUUCGGGGCGGGCGUCGGGGGCGGGGCCGGGGCUGCGGCCGGGCCCGGGGGCGGGGCCUGCGGUGUUGCCGCCGCCGCCGCCGCGGGGCAGGGCUGCCCGGAGGAGGAGCUGCGGGCCCACAAGGCCGUGCUGUCGGCCCGCUCGCCCUUCUUCCGCAACCUGCUGCAGCGGCGCAUCCGCACGGGGGAGGAGAUCACGGACCGCACGCUGCAGACCCCCACGCGCAUCAUCCUGGACGAGUCCAUCAUCCCGCGGAAGUACGCCCGCGUCAUCCUGCACUGCAUGUACACGGACGCCGUGGACCUGUCCUACGUGCUGCACGGCAGCCCCUCGGUGGGCAGCCUGAGCGAGGUGCAGGCGCUAGUGGCCGGCAAGGGCAGCAUGAGCCGCGCCGAGGAGGCCAUGGAGCUCUACCACAUCGCCCUCUUCCUGGAGUUCAACAUGCUCGCCCAAGGCUGCGAGGACAUCGUGGUGGAGAGCAUCUCGCUGGACUCCAUCAUCACCAUCCUGAAGUGGAGCUCGCAGCCCUACGGCUCCAAGUGGGUCCACCGGCAGGCCAUCCACUUCCUGUGCGAGGAGUUCAGCCACAUCGUGACCUCCGACGUGCUGUACGAGCUGAGCAAGGACCACCUGCUGACCGCCAUCCAGUCCGACUACCUGCAGGCCAGCGAGCAGGAUAUUCUCAAGUACGUCGUCAAGUGGGGCGAGCAUCAGCUUAUUAAGAGAAUGGCAGACCGAGAGCCCAACCUGCUGAGCGGCACAGCCCACAGUGUGAACAAGCGCGGAGUGAAGAGGAGAGACCUGGACAUCGAGGAGCUGAAGGAGAUCCUGUCCCCUCUGCUGCCCUACAUCCGCACUGAACACAUCCUGCCCACCAACAGUGAGGUCCUCUCUGACGCGAUGAAGAGGGGCCUGAUCAGCACCCCACCCUCUGACAUGCUGCCCACGGCGGAGGGGGGCAAGGCCAACGCCUGGCUGCGGCAGAAGAACGCGGGCAUCUACGUGCGCCCCCGCCUCUUCUCCCCCUACGUGGAGGAGGCCAAGUCUGUCCUGGAUGAGAUGAUGGUGGAGCAGACUGACCUGGUCCGUCUGCGCAUGGUGCGCAUGUCCAACGUGCCAGACACCCUCUACAUGGUCAACAACGCGGUCCCACAGUGCUGUCACAUGAUCAACCAUCAGCAAAUCACUGGCAGCCAGGCGGCUCCUCCGUCUGUGGUGGCCAAUGAAAUACCAGUGCCCAAGCUGUCGGUGGUGAAGGAGAUGAUCCGGCGCCUGCAGGAGCUGCGGCACACGGACCAGGUGCAGCGGGCGUACGCCCUCAACUGCGGCGAGGGCGCCACCGUCAGCUACGAGAUCCAGAUCCGCGUGCUGCGGGAGUUCGGCCUGCCGGACGGUGCCGCCGAGCUGCUGCAGAACCCGCACAAGUUCUUUCCAGAGGAGCGCUUUGGAGAUGAGAGCCCGGUUCUGGCCCUGCGACAGGCGGGUCGGUGCCGGGUCAACAGCACGCCGGCGGUGGAGAGCAUGUUCACCGACAUGGAGGCGCUGGCCAAUUUCCACCCGCCCCUGCCCCCGCCCCCGCCCCCCUACCACCCGCCCACCACGCCCAGCCACGCCCAGCUGAAGGCGGGAUGGAGGCCCCGGGCCCCCAGUCAGCCGCCGUCACGCUCCUUCUCCUACCCCUGCAACCACACCCUCCUCCAGCGCCGGCCCUCCUCCAAGCACGGCAGCCCCGCCUACCCGCCGGGGGCUAAGGCCCUCCCGCCCGACUGCACAAACCCGCAGGGCCUGGGCCGCACCCUGCACCCCGACAAGCAGGGGAACAUGGAGCCGGUGAUAAACGAGUUCAUGCCAGACAUCGCCAUGGGAGUGUCAGCCAUGAACCUGAAGGAGCGGCGGAUACCGGAGGCCAUGAGCGAGGGGGAGGGUCGCGAGCCUCACUCGCACGUCUCCACGGUGCCCCCCGCGCCCCACUACCCCCCCGGGCCCUGCCCCUCCGGCCGGCACGGCCACGCCUCCUGUAAGAAGCACGCGGGCGAGCCUAAGCCUGACGGCCGGCCCGAGUUCCCGGACCUGUACGACUUCCCCUGCCGGCCGGCCACCCCGGGCUCCAGCCACCACACGCCGCCCCCGCUGCAGGGCCCCUACAUGGGCCCGGACCUGUACAGCCACAGCCGGCCAGCCGCCGGCCCCCACCCCCCGUCCUACAUGCCCCCCGCCGACGCCCUGCGGCUGGACAUGCUGGAGCAGCCCCCGCAGCGGCUGGACCUGGCCCUGGCCACGCAGGGCGGCCCGCAGGCGGGGGGCGGCCACGUCCCAAGGGGGCGGUCCCGCAACGAGACGGACCUGACGUGCGGGCUGGGGCCCUCACGCUCCCCCAGCGCCGGCCUGGACGCCUAUGAGGACCGGCCCCGCAGGUCCACCCCCGAGGGGAUGGGGGGCAGCGGCGAGUCCCCGGGGGGCCUGCUGCCCCACAGGAACAGUGCCAGUGAGGAGGCCAUCGCCGGCAGAGACCGACGGUCGCCCAACAAGCCCGAGUACCCUUACAAGAAAUCUGCACUUUAA